AGCCCGCCCGCCGCGCCCCGGACUGGCUCUGGACUUUCUCCCCGCGGCUCCGUUCUGCCCCCAGGUUGCGUCUAGCUGGAAUGAAUAUAUCUGCGCCGCCUUACUGUGUAGAGGAGAUCCCGCAAGCCAGGGGCGACUGUUCAUGGGGUCCCGGGCCGGAGCCCGCUUCUGACCCCGGGCUCGCCUUCCGCCACACCCCGGGGCUCGACUCCGCGCCCAGCCGGACCCCCAGCCCGGCCCCCGGCUCCGGCCCCGGCUCCGGCCCCGGCUCCGGCCCCGGCUUCGCCGCCUUCCGGCCGGGGGGGCCGGCGGGCCCCGCCUCGCCGCCCAGCCCGGACCCCAGCCCGGAGCCCGGCUAUGGAUACAGUCCGCCCCCGGGCCGGGGCGACGGCAAGCCCGGCGAGGACUCCCGCAUCCGCCGGCCCAUGAACGCCUUCAUGGUCUGGGCCAAGGACGAGCGCAAGCGGCUGGCGCAGCAGAACCCGGACCUGCACAACGCGGUGCUCAGCAAGAUGCUGGGUCAGUCGUGGAAAGCCCUGAGCCCCGGCGAGAAGCGCCCGUUCGUGGAGGAGGCGGAGCGGCUGCGCAUCCAGCAUCUGCAGGAUCACCCCAAUUACAAGUACCGCCCCCGGAGGAAGAAGCAGGCCAAGAAAAUCAAGAGGCUGGAACCCAAUAUCCUGCUGCACAACCUUUCCCAGCCCCGCAGCGGCGAGGGCUUCGCCAUGACUCACCCGGGGCCCGCACAGCCCGGCCACCAGCAGCCUCCCCCCCUCAACCACUUCAGAGAACUCCACCCCCUGGGCUCCGACCUGGAGAACUACGGACUGCCCACGCCGGAGAUGUCCCCGCUGGACGUGCUGGAGCAGAGCGAGCCGGCCUUCUUCCCUCCGCACAUGCAGGAGGACUGCGGGCUGAUGCCGUUCCGGGCCCCCUACCCGCACCCGCACCCGCACGGCCCGCCGCUGGAGUACCCCCCGGAGAAGGCCCUGGGCCGGGACCUGCUCGGGCCCUACGGGCAGCCCCCCGCCUCCGCCCACCUGGCCGAGGCCCUGAGGACCGCCCCGCCGCCCGGCCUCUACUACGGCCAGCUGUGCAGCGGGGCCCCGGCCGGCCUGUCCCCCCACCUGGGCCAGCUGUCCCCCCCGCCCGAGGCUCACCACCUGGACGGCGUGGAGCAACUGAGUCAGGCCGACCUGUGGACGGACGUGGACCGCAAUGAGUUCGAUCAGUACCUGAACAUGAGCCGGACUCGACCGGACGGCCCGGGCCUUCCCUAUCAGGUGUCUCUCUCCAAAGUGACUCCGCGGCCCCUCUCCUGCGAGGAGAGCAGUCUCAUCUCGGCCUUGUCCGACGCCAGCAGCGCCGUGUACUAUAGCACCUGCAUCACCGGCUAGAGCCGGGGAGGCCUCGGGCCCCGGGCCCCGCCCGCGGAUAGACACCCCUCCUCGCCCCCCAUCCCCACCCCAUCCCUCUAGCCGAAGCACCACCGUCUUAUUUAGAGUAUCUCAUUAAAUGCAUAGCGCUUCUUUUUGUAAAUGCUCGAGUCACUGAUAUACUGUAUAACUCUAUAACACAGAUGUAAUGUCCUUUUUUCCAAAGCACGGGGAUGGAUAGACCUAUAUAUGCGUGUGCAUGUCUGUGCGAAUAUAGACAUGUGUGCGUAGAUAUGCACGUGUGUGUGUGUGUGUGUGUGUGUAUACACCCUGCCUUGCAGAUGAGAACAAAACCUUAGCGGAUCAACCCCCCCGCCCCCCCCCGCCCCCCCCCCCCCCGAAAAACUUCCCAGUUCUCACUCCCAGCAAGAAGGCCCAUCGAGUAGAAAACAGAUGAGGUCAGCGUCCUCAACGACUCGCCCAGCACCUUGUUUACUCACUCGGGACGGGGGAGGCGAGUGGCUCUCUGCAAGGCUGCGAGUACUCUCUAUAUACACAUACUUGACUGUGUGAUACGUACAUACAGAUAUAUAUAUAUAUAUCUGUAUAUAUGUAUAUAAAUUGUCUGUACGUGCCUGUGGUUUUGGAAAAUGUCGCAAAGCUUCGUUACACUUUGUUUGCCAGGGGGGUUUGCCUCUGCUUACAGGGUCAGAGUUUUCUACCGUGUUUCUGGGACGUCUUCCUUUCGAAGCGAUAUAUUUUCAUUGGGCAAUGGGACUAUAUUUUUACUAAGCCUUUAUAUAUAAUAUGAUAUUUAAUUUUUUAUUAUCAGACAUCCUUUUUUAAAAAUCUGUUUUCUUCCAAGGGGAUUUCCCCUUGAGUUCUAAAGCAUCGAUGUAGCAAGGGCGGUUAUAGAAGGGGGGAGGAAAAAAAAAAGGCAUUUUUUAAAAAAAGAGAAAAACUUGUCCAGGAAAAGGGAUUCGACCGUAAACCUUGGGAAGCGGAAUAACCGGCUGGGAUUCUGCCCGGGGCUUUUAUCGGAUCUGUUUGAAGAGAAGCUGCUUUAUCCGGCGGGAAACGGGAAAAGGAGCGGGCGGUGUCGCUUCCUGGUUUCGGGGCUGGCGGUGCGGAUGUGGAUUUUCCGCAAUUAGCGGCUUCCUAACCGCUUCCAGACUCGGGCGCCCGGGGAGGCCGCUGAAAUCGAUUCCCGCCCGACUGUCCGUUCACCCAGAAAUGUCGCCUAACCGCCACCUCGGCCUCCCCCCACCAUCCCCGCGCACCCCGUCCCGGGCAGCGCCCCUCCGAUGCCCUGAGUCCGCCGGGGCAUCUCAAAUAAACGCAGCUACGGCCUUGUCUGGA